CUCGCAGGGCAGCAGUGAGCAGCACCAGCCCGCUCUGGCAUGGAUUGGUGACAUGGAUCUAUCGAAUGCAUACCCAUGUGAUUGAGCCGAAAGGCAGCAGCCGAAUGAAGUACCGUCUGUUCCCUCCCGUCGGGCUGCUGACGUGUCUGCGGCGACUGCACAUUGCCUACCACCCGGGGCGAGAAAAGACCGAAGCCGCAAGGUGAUAGUCGCACUUGAACAAUGAGAAAGGGCAAGGGCAGGGCAACUGAUUGAUGAGUGCGUAUGCAGGCGGCUGAUAGUGUGGGCGACGUCUGAGCCAGUCAAGAGGCGGCAUCCGCAUCUGCAGGUUUCCUGGGAAUUCCUUGCGUAAGGGACUGAGUCAGUCAGUCAGUCAGACAGACAGGCAAACAGACAGGCAGACGGGUGUGUUGUGGGCGUGUGUGAAUCGAGCCGAAUCGAUUGGGUGUGGACUAUGGGUGGCUGUUGGGAUGGCAUGCAGGUACGAUUCGCCUGCCUACAUGGAUGUGGAGUACUCUGACGGACGACGGCAAAAGUGAGCAGAACGACCACCGAAGCCCCGCACUCACACCCUUCUCUGUUUCUGUGUGCCAGGCUGCUGAUGGAAGAGUUCAGCUCGCGAGAGAAGCAGGCCAUUGUCGACCAAUGGAAAGUCACUGGUAGGGAGGGACACAUACACCGCCAACGCACCAGAUGCACUAAUUCGUGUGUGUCGGCGUCCGUUCGUUGGCUCGUUCACAGCCAGCAUGCAGCCGUGGCCUGAGCAUGAGAUUGAUGUUCCGGAGAGCAAGACCAGCCAAUGAUGAAGGCGGGCUGCGGUGUGCUGCACUGUGCUGUUCUGCACACUGAGUCAUGCCAGCUAGGCCUUGUACAGCUGACAGCGUAGUGGGGGGCACGUGUCCGUUUCUAUCCCUAUCUCUAGCCAGUAUGUCUCUGCGCGUUGCGCAUUACCGUGUGCGUGUCCCUCGCUGUGGGUGAGCGUGAUACCUGUGUGGGAAUUGUGGACUAUCUGUGUUUGCGCAUCAAGUGGGUUGCGUACGUAAAGAUUUCCUGCUUUCAAUCGCUC